AUGCGCCGCGGGCCGCUUGCGGGCACUGAAGAUCCAAGACUGACAGGGGGCAAACGCCUCCGUAAGACCGAGCCUCUGCCACUUAGAUAUCAUUCCAGUGACAAGGAAGAUCUUUAUUACCACGAAGCUCAGACUUCAUCACUUUCCUGGGGUGCUGAUGAGUGGUUUUGGACGGAGCUAUGUCUGGUAGACACCUACUUCGGCUCCGAGGAAGAGCACAAGACCUAUUUCGCUGGAUGUCAGGAAGGCGAUGGAUUCGAUCCUGCGUGUGGUGGCAGAUAUUCGGUGACUGCUCUGGGCUUUGAUCCGAGAGAGUACUUUCUAGUGAAGCUCUGGUUUCGGACUGAACAGGUAGUCACGGAGUACAGUGCACUCAUCGAGACUUUCAACAUGAGAAUGGAUGAAUACGCACAAACUAUCCGACGCGUUUUCGAAGACGACAACAAAAGAACAAAUACAAGGACCAUAAGUGACGUUAUCGAAACAACACAAGUGUUUAUUGACAACAUCGGCGGUAUAGUCGACGCUUGGGAUACUUUCCGUCGCACUGAGCUGUCGCUCUUCAACACCAACAUAUCCGAAAAGUCGCUGUGGCCAAAGUAUAUCAAUAGCAUCAUACGAAACGUUGCAGAGCUAGAUCGACUACGCAAAAUACUUCUUACGAAGCGAGACCGCUUCAAGUUCAAACUCGAUAGCCUCCACACUGUCUCCAGCCUCAGCCAAACAGAGACAGGAAAUCUCCAAGCAAAGACCGCAGUAAACCAAGGCGACGACCUAAGGAUGCUCACCAAGAUGACCGUUAGCUAA